AUGAUGGGCAUAUUUGGACGCGACAAAAAAGUCGAUACAAAAGAAGCUGUUCGUGAGUUACAGCGAAAAAUGCGAACUGAAUUGCGUCAGCUUGAUCGUCAGAUUCAUGCCAUUGAACGGGAAGAAAUGAAGGUCAAAAGGCAGAUCAAAGAAUCAGCAAAAAAAGGUGAUCGAGAUGUAUGUAUCGUGCUUGCAAAGUCUAUUUUACAGUCAAGAAAAGCAGUGUCAAAAAUUCAUGGAACAAAGGCACAGAUCAAUUCUGUUGUUAUGGGGAUGCAGCAGCAACUUGCAACAGUUCGUAUGGCGGGCUCGUUGCAGCAGUCAACAGACGUAAUGAGAAAUAUGCAGCAGCUAGUGAAGGUGCCUGAAAUAAUGUCAACAAUGCGUGAACUUUCGAAAGAGAUGAUGAAAAUAGGUAUUAUAGAUGAAAUGAUUGAGGAAACUAUGGAAUCAGUUGAACCAGAAGAGCUUGAAGAAGCAGCGCAGGAAGAAGUAGAUCGGAUAUUGUAUGAAAUUACAGCCGGUGAAUUGGGUAAAGCACCAUCUGCUGUCAAGGAUACACUUGCAGUGGAACCAGAAAACAUAUUGACGGGUACUGAUGGACAUGCUGUUGAUUAUGAUGAGAUGCGUGCUAGAUUAGAGUUCCUCAAAAAUUGA